GUUGAAAAUGUGAAGUUACUAGAUCGUUAUGCAAACAGGAAGACAGCAAAUGGGACGUUGUACCUGACAGCCACCCACCUCAUCUACGUAGAUGCUUCUGCUGAAGUCAGAAAAGAAACAUGGAUUCUGCAUCACCAUAUUGCAACUGUAGAAAAAUUGCCUCUGACCACAGCUGGAUAUCCACUCCUUAUUCACUGCAAGAACUUCCACGUGGCUCACUUCGUUAUUGGGCAGGAACGUGACUGUCAUGAAGUUUAUACCUCAUUGCUUAAACUUUCACAACCAGUGAAACCUGAAGAACUUUAUGCUUUCUCUUACAAUCCUAAAAUGUCUAAAGAGAACCGGGAGAUUGGAUGGAAGCUGAUUGAUUUAAAAGUAGAUUACCAGCGUAUGGGAAUCCCAAACGACUGUUGGGAAAUAACGGAUGUUAAUAAAGACUAUGAGGUUUGCAACACAUAUCCUCCAGAAAUAGUGGUGCCUAGAGCUGCUAACAAGGCAGUGGUGAUCGGAAGCUCGAGAUUCAGAAGCAGAGGGCGGAUUCCGGUGCUUUCUUACUUGUAUAAAGAAAAUAAUGCUGCCAUAUGCCGAUGUAGCCAACCUCUCUCUGGGUUCAGUGCACGCUGUCUGGAGGACGAACAAAUGCUGCAGGCCAUCAGAGAAGCCAACCCUGGGAGCCCCUUCAUGUAUGUUGUAGACACAAGGCCAAAGUUAAAUGCCAUGGCCAACCGAGCUGCUGGGAAGGGUUAUGAGAAUGAAGAUAAUUACGAUAACAUUCGCUUUAAAUUUAUUGGCAUAGAAAACAUCCACGUGAUGCGGAACAGCUUACAGAAACUCCUGGAAGUGUGUGAAAUGAAGUCCCCCUCAAUGAGCGAUUUCCUCACUGGGCUGGAGAACUCAGGUUGGUUACGGCACAUUAAGGCUGUGAUGGAUGCAGGUGUCUUUCUUGCCAAGGCUGUGAAAGAUGAAAAAGCCAGCGUGUUAGUCCACUGCUCUGAUGGGUGGGAUCGCACAGCACAGGUCUGCUCCCUGGCUAGCCUCCUCUUAGAUCCGUUUUAUAGGACUUUUAAAGGCUUCAUGGUCCUAAUAGAAAAGGAGUGGAUUGCGAUGGGCCACAAGUUCUCACACAGGUGUGGCCAUUUGUGUGGUGACCCCAAAGAAGUAUCCCCUGUCUUCACUCAGUUUGUUGAAUGUGUCUGGCAGCUCAUGCAGCAGUUCCCCUGCACGUUUGAGUUUAAUGAGCGUUUCCUUCUUGAAAUCCAUGACCACGUCUACUCCUGCCAGUUUGGCAACUUCCUUGGGACCUGUCAUAAGGAGCGUGAGGAUCUGAAAAUCUUUGAGAAGACCCAUUCUCUGUGGCCUUUCCUCUUACAGAAGAAGCAGGAAUUGAGAAAUCCUUUGUACAAAGGAUUUACAGCUUACAAAGAGCUUCAACCUAACACACUACCUUUUAGUUUCCAGUUUUGGUGUGGGAUGUAUAAUCGCUUUGACAAAGGAAUGCAUCCAAAACAGUGUGUAUUGGACCAUCUGCUAAACUGUGUGAGCCAAAAGGUGAAACUGGAGGACGAUGCAUCUGAACUGGAAAAUAAACUUCCUUUCCUUGGUGGUCCUUUGCCUAGUGAAGCUUCCUCCUUAUCUAAACUAGGAAGUGCUGCUUCAAAAACACCAAUGCUCAACACUCCUCAGGAUUACGAAGGAGAACCACCUCCAGUGUUGAGCAAUGGUGCCUCAGCAGGGGAUAUGGGUGUUAUGUCAGACAUGGACCAAAAGCACAAAGAGAACCUGUCUCAUCACCGGCAUCACCAUGAUCUUAGUGACUCCAUUGACAUUUUAGACUCUGAAGCUAAGGACGGAAAGCCUCAGCAUCACUGA